CUAGACACUUUACGACAUUGUUGACAUUUGCAGCAGGUCGUUUCUGUCGUGCGCUGUUUCAUCAUAAAUGUCUUUGUUAUUAACUAGUUUUACUGACGAGAAUCACUUUAAAUGAGUGUUUUCGACCUGUUUCGAGGGUUUUUCGGGGUUCCCGGAGGACAGUAUCGCGGCCGAAGGGACCCGUUCUUUGAAGCCAUGACUCAUGAUGAAGACGACGAUGAGGAUGAAGAUGAGGAUGGGUUUUAUUACGAUGGUUUUCGGGGGGAGCAACAGGACCCCUUUGACAGCGCCUGGAGGUUUGGGUUCAGCCUCGGUCCAGACGGGAUGAGGUUCCAGGAGCCCCCCGUGUUCGGACAGCUGCUGAAGGAGAUGGAGGAGAUGUUCUCGCAGAUGGGACGAUUCGACGGACACUCGGAGCCUGGAUAUUUUGGUGUUCCUAGGACUCCUCCAUCAGGUGGUGAAGGCAGAGGCUCCAGUGGAAAUCCUCUCAGAGAUUUCAUGCUUAAAAGUCCAGAUGACCCUCGACCCCAGGAGCCCACACAGCCCAGACAAGACCUCGGUCCUUCCCACGAGCCCCCUUUUCAUGGCUGGACUCCUUUUCAAAGAUUUGGUGACAUUUUGAGGCCAAGGAUCCCUGAAAAUGAACGCAAAGAAGACAGAGAUCUAGACUCUGCCGUGUCAGCUGGAGGCCUGGAUCAAAUACUUACACCCCCUGCUGGUCAAAUCCCACAACAGCCAAGGUCUCGCUCUUUCUUCCAGUCUGUUGUUGUCACUAAAGUGGUCAAACCGGAUGGGAGUGUAGAGGAAAGGCGCACAGUUAGAGAUGGACAGGGGAAUGAGGAGACCACAGUAACGCGAUCUGGACCAGACUAUGAAGAAAGACCACAACCAGUUACAGAUCUUCCACGGCCCUUUACAGACAUGAGGGACGACUCUUUAUUCUCCAAGUUCUUUGGUGGAUUCAAGUAAAAACCCACUGUGAGCAAAAAUACAGGAGUUAAAGGCCCAUUUUGUAACUCUUCUGAUGGAGGGUCAGUCAAAUGCUUUUCUCCGUGGAGAAGUUAUUGCUUUGUCUGGAAUGUUUCACAGUAUCGUAUUAGUUACUGGUCAGAUCUGUAAGAAGCAACCCCGUGCACAGUAAGAAUGCCUGUUUUUCUAGGUAUCUUGAGCUCUAAAACCACCUGUAAUGUAAAUGUAAUGCAUAGCUAUUUAAUGUCAUACUGUGGAACAUUCCAGGCAGAGCAAUAGCAUUAUCGUAGAAACAAGCAGGUGCCAGACCCCCAACUAAAAAGUUACAUAGUGCACCUUUUAAUGGAGCCCAAAAAGUGUUUAAAAUGUAUUAUUUAUUUGAAGAGUUGAAAUCAGAAGCUAUGAAGAAAUUGGUUGUCUGUGUGCAUGGGGCUUCUCAGUCUUGAAAAGUUCUAAUUGCGGCAGCAGUAGGUUCUCUUGAUUUACGUUUCACCCAAAAAGUGUGCGUUAAGAUGCUUUUAUUUGCCAAAACCUUUACUACAGAGAAUUCAAGAUUGCUGUGUUAACUUCACCUGAUCAGCCAGAACCACACACUUUGGCAAAACUUUACAAAGACGAUUGGAUCUGGAGCUGUUUCCUAUCUACCUGAUUUUAGAGGACUUGAUUGACAGGUGGAAUCACAGACACACAUGCUCCAUUCACAUCAAAAACAAACAUGGCUACUAAAAAAGGAGAAAAAAAACAACAUAUAGUGAGAAACAUCAUGGAUUUUCUCAGAAUCAACAAUCAAAGCACCAGGUUUUUUGGACGGAGGUUUCUCACACUUUGUGGUCCAAUUCCAGACUCUUUUGGAUUCAAACGGGACUGGCUGGUCAGGCGAGUGUCAGCUGGUUAGACAUUAAUGUGAACCUGUCAGUCGAAACCUGGGGCAUUUAAAUGACAAUAUUUUCACAUAUAUUUUUGUACAGUCCUGCAGAAAGGUCAGAAUGAAUGUGCGUGUGUUCAAUAAAGAUGUUUAAUUUAUUGACUA